AUGGGGUUGCCAGUGAAUUCCUUGGAAGCUGGACUGCCGCGAGAGACGUUGUCAAGCUAUGGCCAAGACAUGUUCGAUGCACCGUUCCGUUUGCAAACAGAAAGUUACGAAGAGUUCGCCCGGCUUUUACCUGGUUUGGAGCAGGACACACAGAGUCGUCAAAGCGUCAACGACGAGCUCCGACGCCUUGAUAUCGAUCCGAAGCUCUUCUACCGGAACCAGCAGCGGCUCCGAGUCAGCGAGUUGCCUCCCGAACUGCUGGAUCCUACCAGUGCUGCAUCCUUCGAGUCCAUGAGAAGUCUCAUCGGUGAGCUGGAGAAACCCACAGAGGCUCACGACAUUUUCUCUCCACCUGCGAGAGUGGAGACUGAAAUGACAAGUUCUUCCAAGCAGAAACCUGCUGGUGACCGGGGCAGAUGCCCGUUGAAUGUGCCCAAUGAUCAGGUCCCGCCCAUCACGUGCGAGGAGAUCAGUUUGGCCAAAGAAGGUGAAACGCAUGGCGGUCGCCUCGGGCAUGAGACACCCGAAGGUCUUUCAUCAAGGCUACAAAUCGACCGGCUGACUGACGAUGGGGAAGAAAUGGACUUCCGACAAGACUUGGCAGGAUGUGAUGACGAAGAUUUGGUUGAGGCAUUCGCCCUAGAUCCGGACUUCGAUUAUGACAACACCGAGUUGUCAAGCAAGGUGGCGGAAUCUCGCCUUGGUGAGAUGUUUCGCUCCCCGCCUCGUUCCGGCGGCGCCCGUGAAACAGAAACGCAAGAGCCAGAGGAUGAGAUCGAUGAGAUCUUAGAGGAUGCUGUCGAAGAGCCAUGA